GUCGGCGGUGAGUGUGCGGAUUGUAGGCGCCUCCUGGGUGAGGUCGGGAUUUUGGGGGAUGGGGAGGGCUUCGUAGUGUCGAACCCCUUUGGCCCUCCCGGCCAUCGGCGUUGGCACAGGCUCUCGUUCCGGUGUCGCUGCGCGUCACACCCGACGAUCGCGCGAAAGGCGCGGCUCCCACCUCGGCCCUUCUUCCCCUCGAGUUAAUCUCGCGUCGCGGCGUGAGGGUCGCGGUUUCCACAGCCCACGACGGAGCGUGCUGGGUAGGGUCCGAAUCUUAGCGUCUGAGGGGCUCCAAUCUUCCCCUCUUUCCCGGGCUAAACUGCUUAACUUCUCCAAGCCUCAGUUUCCCCAUCUGUGCGACGAGGCUGGGGAGGCAGCAGAACAAGGGGUCGCUCGAAGGUGGUGCCCGAUGAUUGUAACAUGAACUAGACCGUGCAGCAACAGGUAGCUUCGGUUGAGGCUCCUGGGAAUCUCCCGGUGUGCAUCCCAGGACCGGUGACUCUGCCAGGCAGGUUCCCCAGUGGCUUCUGCGACACACUUUUUCCAGCCUCUUCUGGACAGCGGUGACACCCUCACCUGUGGGAGCAACUGGUUCUGUCGUCGAUAUGGGGGACUCCCACGCAGACACCAGUGCCACUGUGCCUGAGGCGGUAGCGGAAGAAGUGUCCCUGUUCAGCAUCACGGACAUGAUUCUGUUUUCCCUCAUCGUGGGUCUGCUCACCUACUGGUUCCUCUUCAGAAAGAAAAAAGAAGAGGUACCUGAGUUCACAAAACUGCAGCCAAUGACCCCCUCUGUCAAAGAGAGUAGCUUCGUGGAGAAGAUGAAGAAAACGGGAAGGAACAUUGUUGUGUUCUACGGCUCCCAGACGGGCACUGCCGAGGAGUUCGCCAACCGCCUGUCCAAAGACGCCCACCGCUACGGGAUGCGGGGCAUGGCCGCGGACCCCGAGGAGUAUGACCUGGCCGACCUGAGCAGCCUGCCAGAGAUCAACAAUUCCCUGGUGGUCUUCUGCAUGGCCACCUAUGGCGAGGGUGACCCCACCGACAAUGCCCAGGAUUUCUAUGACUGGCUGCAGGAGACAGACGUGGACCUUAGUGGAGUCAAGUACGCGGUGUUCGGCCUUGGGAACAAGACAUACGAGCACUUCAACUCCAUGGGCAAAUACGUGGACCAGCGGCUGGAGCAGCUUGGUGCCCAGCGCAUCUUUGAGCUGGGCCUGGGCGACGACGACGGGAACUUGGAGGAGGACUUCAUUACCUGGCGAGAGCAGUUCUGGCCAGCCGUGUGCGAGUUCUUUGGGGUGGAAGCCACCGGAGAGGAGUCCAGCAUUCGACAGUAUGAACUCAUGGUCCACGCGGACAUCGACACAGCCAAAGUCUACGUGGGCGAGAUGGGCCGUCUGAAGAGCUACGAGAGCCAGAAGCCCCCCUUCGACGCCAAGAACCCAUUCUUGGCUGCAGUCACCACCAACCGGAAGCUGAACCAGGGGACUGAGCGGCACCUCAUGCACCUGGAACUGGACAUCUCAGACUCCAAAAUCAGGUAUGAGUCCGGGGACCACGUGGCCGUUUACCCAGCCAACGACCCUGUCCUCGUCAACCAGAUUGGGGAGAUCCUAGGUGCUGACCUGGAUGUCGUCAUGUCCCUGAACAAUCUUGACGAGGAGUCCAACAAGAGGCACCCGUUUCCCUGCCCCACGUCCUACCGCACGGCGCUCACCCACUACCUGGACAUCACCAACCCCCCGCGCACCAACGUGCUGUACGAGCUGGCGCAGUACGCCUCCGAGCCGGCCGAGCAGGAGCUCCUGCGCAAGAUGGCGUCGUCCUCCGGCGAGGGCAAGGAGCUGUACCUGACCUGGGUGGUGGAGGCCCGGCGGCACAUCCUGGCCGUCCUGCAGGACUACCCGUCCCUGCGGCCCCCCAUCGACCACCUGUGUGAGCUGCUGCCGCGGCUCCAGGCCCGGUACUACUCCAUCGCCUCGUGCCCCAAGGUCCACCCCAACUCCGUGCACAUCUGUGCUGUGGCUGUGGAGUACGAAGCCAAGUCCGGCCGCACUAACAAGGGGGUGGCCACCAGCUGGCUGCGGGCCAAGGACCCCGCGGGGGAGAACGGCCGCCGGGCCCUGGUACCCAUGUUCGUGCGCAAGUCCCAGUUCCGCCUGCCCUUCAAGUCCACCACGCCCGUCAUCAUGGUGGGCCCCGGCACGGGCGUGGCCCCCUUCAUGGGCUUCAUCCAGGAGCGGGCCUGGCUGCGGGAGCAGGGCAAGGAGGUGGGGGAGACGGUGCUGUACUAUGGCUGCCGCCGCGCGGAUGAGGACUACCUGUACCGCGAGGAGCUGGCCCAGUUCCACAAGGACGGCGCCCUCACGCGGCUCAACGUCGCCUUCUCCCGGGAGCAGGCCCAGAAGGUCUACGUCCAGCACUUGAUGAAGAGAGACAGGGAGCACCUGUGGAAACUGAUCCACGAGGGCGGCGCCCACAUCUACGUCUGCGGGGAUGCGCGGAACAUGGCCAGGGAUGUGCAGAACACCUUCUGUGACAUUGUGGCUGAGUUUGGGGCCAUGGAACGUGCCCAGGCUGUGGACUAUGUCAAGAAGCUGAUGACCAAGGGCCGCUACUCCCUGGACGUGUGGAGCUAGGGGCCCUCGCCCCCUGUGGUCACUCCUCACUCCCUCUGCCCUCUGCCGGGCUGGCCAUGGGACAGAGGCCCUGCCCCAGACAGACUCCUCGGCAGCGCACUAAGCAGCGCCUCCUUUGCCCAGCCCCAGGGCACAACAGGGGGACUGGGCCACCUCCAGUGAUGUUCUCCUCAGUGUGCAGAAGGGGCUCUUCUUAGCCAUGCUGGGGCCAGGUCCUGCCCUGUCAUUUUGAAUGAGUGUAAAUAAUUUUAGAUAAUCUCUGGCCCUUGGAAUAAA